UUCGAUUGCAUUCGUAGGUUGUGGAUACAAUAUAGCUAUUCUUGUUAAUGUUUAUAAGAUCUCUUAGGUAAAAGGUAAAGAUAACAUGGCAGAUACAGUUGUUGAUUUCAAACAGAGCAUGGAUCAGAGUCUUGACAGCAGAGUUAAAAAUGAGACGCAGAAAAAGACUAUCACUAUAGAGUUUUCAAAGAACAUCGACAUCCUGCUAAUUGGAAAAACUGGUAGAGGAAAAAGCGCAUUGGGAAAUAGUCUUCUAUCUAGUAAAGCAUUUGUUUCAUCUGCUGACGUUACUUCUGUGACAGACGUAAUUAAGGAGGCUUAUGGUGUGUUUGAAGGUCGUACAUUAAAAGUUGUAGAUACACCAGGUGUGUUCGAUACAAGGAUGAGUGAAGAAGAUGGGUUAAAAAUGGUAACGGAAAAGAUGGAAGAUGCCAUUAACAUCAACCCAGAUGGAUAUCAUGUGUUUAUUUACGUUAUAAAAUUUGGAGAAAGAUUUACAGAAGAAGAUGUCACUGCUUUGCAGGUACUUAAAAAAAUUUUUGGUAACGACUUCGUUAAUAAAUUUUGUGUUCUUGUAUUAACAUGUGGUGACAACUUUGAAAAGCAAGUUACUAAUGAAACUGGAGAGACAUUUAAACAAUGGUGCGAUAAACAACAGGGGGUGUUUAAGCUGUUGUUAGACGAUUGUGAAGGGAGAAUCGUGUUGUUUGAUAACUUUGCCGAGGAAAAAGAGAAAAUCCAUAAACAAAAAAACGAUCUGAUCAACGUGAUAGACAUGCUGCAGUCAAGUGGUAAAAAAUACACAAACAGAUAUUUCGAUAAAGCAAAGGAGGCCAGAGAUAAACUGCUGAUAGAAUGUAAAAUUCCAGCAUUAAAAGACAAAAUACUUAAAGAAACGGGCAUUAUUAUGUCAAGUUACAAUCAAAUGAACUUUGAGGACCCAGAAAUAAAAAUCAAAGAAUUAGAAGAAAUGCAGCAGAAAUCUAACACUCUAUUAACUGAAAUAUCUGAUGAAGAUAAAAGACAGCAGAUGCUAAAAGACGAAGAGCAAUUAGAAAUGCAAGAAGAAAAAGCCAAAAGAGAAUACGAGGAGCGUUUACUAAUGAUGGAAUUACAUAAAAAAGAAAUUGAAGAAUUACAAAAAAAAUGCACAGAGGAAAAGGAAAAGUUUGAAAAAAUGCUGGAAGAAAAAGCAAAAGAAAUCCAAGAACAAAAAUUAAAAGAGGUCGAGGCUCAUCUGGAGGAAUUGAAAUUAAAGAAGUUAGAAACUGAAGCAGCAGAAAUAAAGCAAAAACAGGAAAUUGAAGAAAUGAAAGAAACGAUUAGACAACAGAACGAAAUGCACAUGGCAGAAAUACGCCGUAUAGCAGAGAAUGAAAAAUUGGAAAAAGAAAUUCAACGAAAAAAAAUGAAAAAGAAUGAAAAAAAAGUGAAAGAAUAUGAAAAAAAACUAAGAGAAGAAAGAGAUGAAAAACGACUGGAGGAGAAGAAAAUGAUGAUGGAGAUGGAGGAGAAAAGACGAGAAGCCGACAGAAAAGAAAGAGAGGCUGCUGAUCAGAGAUACAGGGAUGGACUUGCACAAAUACAAAGGGAGUAUGACCUACGUCUACAGAUAGAGGAAACGAAACAACAAAAGGCUUUAAAAGAUCGUCAGGCCCUAGAAAAUAAGUUUAUGGAAAGGGAAGAGAGAGUAAAACGUGAAGCAGAUUUGAAAUAUAAAGAGAUUCAGGCCGAGACAGCAAGAAUGAGAAAAGAAGAGCAAGAAGAAAGGGCGAGAAGAGAAAAGGAAAAGGCGGAAGAAAGUAAAUGCAGUAUUCAAUAAUUUAUGAACUACACUAUUUGUAUAUUUAAAGAUUUAAAGCAUAUGUGUAUUUACUAUGCUACUUUUACAUCAUUUACUGUAAAGGAAUAUUAAUACAUUUUGAAAAAUCAUUAUUUAUCAUCAAAAUC